GCAGUCAUGGCGGGAGGAAUCAAAGUGGCGGAGUGGUCGGCGGUUGGUGCCGGGCCCUGGUGCCGGGGGGCCGGGGGCGGCGGGGCGGCGUGGCUGCUCUUAGUCGUCCUCGGCUGCGCGGUGUGCGGCUCAGCUGGAGUUGGUGUAAAUGUGAUCCUGCUACAGGAGUCCCAGGUUGAUAUGAACUCCAGUCAACAGUUCUGUUAUAAAAACGUGCUUGUCCCCAAAUGGUAUGAUAUGUGGACCCGGAUACAGGUCCGGGUAAAUAGUUCCAAAUUGGUCCGAGUCACCCAGGUGGACAAUGAGGAGAAGCUGAAGGAGCUCGAGCAGUUUAGUAUCUGGAACUUUUUUUCUUCUUUUUUAAAAGAGAAAUUGAAUGACACCUAUGUUAACGUGGGUCUGUACAGCACAAAAACCUGCCUCAAAGUUGAGAUUAUAGAGAAGGACACCAAAUACAGUGUCAUUGUGACCCGGAGAUUUGACCCCAAAUUCUUCCUUAUUUUCCUCCUUGGACUUAUGUUAUUUUUUUGUGGAGACUUGUUGAGCAGGAGUCAGAUUUUCUACUAUUCCACUGGAGUGAGCGUGGGAAUUGUGGCCUCUCUGUUAAUCAUCAUUUUCAUGCUGUCCAAGUUCAUGCCCAAGAGAAGCCCCAUUUACGUCAUCCUGGUCGGAGGCUGGUCCUUUUCUCUGUACCUCAUUCAGCUAGUUUUUAAGAAUUUACAAGAGAUAUGGAGGUGUUAUUGGCAUUAUCUUCUAGGCUAUGUCCUCACAGUUGGAUUCAUGAGUUUUGCAGUGUGCUACAAGUAUGGGCCCUUGGAGAACGAGCGCAGCAUCAACCUGCUGACCUGGGCGCUGCAGCUGCUGGGCCUGGCCUCCAUGUAUGCCAGCAUUCAGAUACCACACAUUGCUUUCGCUCUCGUCAUCAUUGCUCUGUGUACUAAGAACCUGGAGUACCCAAUCCAUUGGCUGUACAUCACCUACAGAAAGAUGUGUGUGACAAUAGCAAAGCCUGUCCCCCCUCGCCUCCUGACAGAAGAGGAGUAUCGGAUACAAGGAGAGGUGGAAACCCAAAAGGCUUUACAGGAGCUCCGAGACUUUUGUAAUAGUCCAGAGUGCUCUGCCUGGAAGACUGUAUCUCGGAUUCAGUCUCCAAAAAGAUUCGCUGACUUUAUGGAAGGUUCUUUUCACCUCACGCCAAAUGAAGUCUCUGUUCACGAGCAGGAAUAUGGAUUAGGGAGCAUAAUUGCCCAUGAUGAGGAUGAGGAGCUGUCCUCAGAGGAGGAGGGUUCAGAGUUCCCUGCUGUCACCCAGAACAGCUUCCUGACUUAGAUGGGAUCAGGUGUUUUCCCGUAGACUGGCGUGGUGCCUUGAUGAUACACGUGUACCUGCUGUGUGGUCUCCGAGGGUACGGAAGCUCUCCGACUGACAUGAAGGGACUGAGGGGCUUACCCCUGGUCUCCAAGGGUCCCUGAGGGAUGAGUGGAGGAAGUAGGGAGUGCUGUGAUAGCUUGCUUCUGACGGGUGAGCUGUUGGCCCACUUUGCUGUUCCUGAAGAAACCGGUUGGCCACAGCCAGCGUGAUAUUGUAGCUCUUGUUUGAAAGUCCUCUGACUUUCUCUGUCACUGUGACAAACCCUCAGAAAUGAGUAUUAAGUGCAGUAAUGCAUUCAGCCCAGAGGCUGCCUCUUCUAAGGGGAAUUUACAAAUGUGAACCAUUUUUACUUCUGUCUGCUUCUAUUCCAGUGGGUGUUUAGAAUAACCCUUGAUUUAUCUAUCAAAGAAAAAAAUAUUUGUUGCCUGUCUUGUUUUUUAAACAAAUUAUUUUUUUAAAUGCAGCAAAUUCAUGUUUUAGAAUUAAUAAGUGCUCCACAGUGACAAACUCUUUAUUGAUCCCCAGAUAUUU